UUUUGCAACACAAGUUUGGGCGUAUUGUUUUUUAGAAAAGAUGGAUGAUUCAGCGCUUGAAACCGAACGCGAAGAGCUACUGACCCAGCACAGAAAAGAAAAGAAAGAGCUACAAUCGAAAAUUCAAUCAAUGAAGAAAAUGAAGGUGGAUAAAAAGAAAAAGAAGGAGAUUCAAGAAAGUAUAGCCCAACUGGAAGCGGAAAUCGACACACGCCACGCGGAAGAGCUGAAACGCUUCACCAUCUCCGAACCACCACUCGGAACCUCUACAAACUCAGGAACUGAGCCUUCCGCUGUCGACGAAGUAAACGGAUUGGACAAUAAAUCAGACCAUCAGGAAGAGCCGCGUUCUAGUAAAGCACAACGUAGGCGAGAGAAAAAGGAACAGGAUGACCGGGAACGGCAAGCAAGGAUCAAGGAGGAAGAAGCGGUGGUGCUGAAGAACUCGCCUCGUAUCAUCGAAAAUAACCGCAUUAACGAAACACUGCGCCAGAGGAAGAUGAUUUCGUUUGCCGUUCCGGCGGACGGUGAUUGUCUGUACAACGCAAUUAAUCAUCAGCUAUCCUUGCUGGGCAUUGGUGAAUACAAUGUGGCGGAGCUACGCAACUUAGCUGCCGAGUACAUCGAAGCAAAUAAGGAUUCUAUGAUAUGCUACAUGAGCCACCCGGAUACCGGAGACAUGCUAGAUUCGGCCGGUUUCACUAAAUACUGCCAACAGCUGCGAUCUACAAAGGUUUGGGGAGGUGAAAUAGAAAUUAAGGCUCUCUCAAGCAGCUUAAAGUGUCCGAUAGAAAUUAUACAAGCUAACGGUCCCUCAACAGUGCACGGCCAGCUAGAAGAUGCUAGCAGAAAACUAAUUCUCACAUAUCAUAGGCAUAUGUAUCGUCUCGGAGAGCAUUACAACUCAACAAAACCCGUUCCCGUUGUAGAGGAAAAGCGCGAUGAAAGUGAACAAUAA